GUGCUGCACUACGGCCCGGCCUGCCUCAGCCCCUGCGGAAAGCUCCCGGUGCUGCACAUCUUUGGGCAGCAGCCCCUGGACAUCGCACGUUGCAUAGAGGCCUUCCGGGAGCUCUACCCUGACCAGCAGAGCCAUGUGGUGGUGCUGAGCGAUGUGGUCUAUGCCCAUGCAAUGAGUGAGUGCUCUGCGUACCCCAAUAUCGUUUUCUCCAGGGUGAUGUGUGGGGACCCUCCUGGCCCUGCACCACCUGGGGAGGUGCGGCAGUUUGGUCGCCAGUUCCUGGUGGAGGCGCCGGGAGGGCUGCAGGACUGUGCCAUGUUCUAUGUGGGAGCUGAGGGCCUGACCCUCACCAGCUUCAUGCUGACCUGGAACUGCUGCCCCUUCAGUUCUUUUGACCCUGCCACUGGCUGGGGCGUGGCGGGCUACCUGGCUGUGCUGCAGCACCUCCGGGAGCUUCUGCGCCGGGCUGGCAAGCGCAGCUACACACUGGCCGUGGGGAAGCCGAACCCUGCCAAGCUGGCCAACUUCCUGGAGGUGGACAUCUUUGUCCUGGUGGCCUGUGCUCAGAACUCCCUGCUGGACUCCAGCGACUUCUACCGGCCUGUUGUGACCCCCUAUGAGCUGGAGCUGGCCUGUAACCCGGCCCGUGAAUGGACAGGGAACUACUUCACUGACUUCCGAGACCUGCUGCCAGGUGCCUGUGCGCACGUUGAGCCCCCACCAGCCAUCCCUGCAGCAGAGGCCACUCCUGACAUCUCGCUGAUCACAGGGGAGAUGCGUGCCACCCACCUCUGCGACCCCAUGGCCCCCCAGCUGCCCCCCAGCACCACCCUGGCCUGCAGGGACCAGACACGUGCCCUCAUGGAGAUCAGCCCUGCUGCCUCCUUUCUCGAGUCCCGCAGCUGGCGGGGCCUGGAGCAGCAGCUGGGGCAGACACCCAUCUCCAAGGCUGUGCAGGGCCGACGAGGGAUUGCCAUCGCCUACGAGGAUGAGGGGCGCAAAUAACCAGUUCGGUAGCAGCAUCAGCACCCAGCCAGGAGCAGGGGGCGUGCAGGGGCCCGGGUGUCACCUGUCACCAGGUGUCAGACCUGUGAGGGUGUCACGAGGAUCUGGACCUGCCACCAGUUGGCCCCGCGCUGGAUGCAGCCUUGGGUCAGUAGUACUGCGGUGGGAGAGUGGGAGUUGCAGGUGUGUUUGGGGAUGCCCGUGGCACCCUGGGGCUCAUGGCCAGGGCAGCAGCAGGGCCAGGAGAGGCACUUGGGCCAGACCUGGCCUCUGAGGGCUCCCCAAGUGCAGGGCAGCUUUGGCCCCACAAGGGAAAGGUUACAGCUUUGCGUGAGCUGACUGCCAGGACUCGAGGCU